UUUAGAACAAAUUUAAGUUAACGGAAUUUGAAAACUGGUUAUCUAAUUGAGGAGACGAUCUUGAGUAUAUCCACUAAUACACAAGCAUGAAAACCCUUUGAAUUCGUUUGGUUUAUAUUUCAGAGAGAAAAUUAUAAAUAUUCCAUUUUAAACUACAGAUGUGGAAGUGUUUCGUUAAAUGUGAAACUACAAGUGCGCUUGUUGAGGCAGGUAGCUUAGAAUUUGAAGGUGGUUAGAGGUAAUUUAGGUUCAAACGGGGUUUUGUUUUAAACAUCUCGUGUGCAACGACCGAUAGCUCCGCGUUCGUUUUGGAUUCGACGGAUUCCUUAUGAUAGUUUUCGUAUUGAGGGAUUGCGAUGUCUGAGGUUUUAUUGAAUGACUCGGCUGUUAAGCAGGAGUAUUUUGAAGACGAAGAGAGUCUUCUGAAGAGUGAUGUAUUUGAUUCUGUACCUGAAACACUAUCGGGUGAAUUGACUGAGAUCGGCUUCGACAACGGAUGUCCUGGUGUUGUUGGUCGUGAUCCUUACGGCGACCUAUUUUUAAUGGAUCCUAAUGACCUUCUCGGUGUAAGGGAAGAAGUUAUUGGAAAUGAUACAAGUAACAGCCCGGAAAGUGUACCUGUAUGUGAUUCCACUAUAGCUACGGCGGAUGAAUCUAACGACUCUUCUAAUGAACGUGUCAAUUUAAAGCGGAAAAAGACGAAAAAUCGACACAUUAACUUAACUAAGCAGGAACCAGACAAUCGUGAGCCUUCGGAUCCGGACGAUGGGGCGCAAAAUAUAAAGUACUCACGUUCUAAACUUCCAUACACCCAUCAAUCAAUAAAAGUUGACCCUGAAACUGACUUGGGAAACCUGCCGUACGUCGUAUAUGGCAACGCAGUUGAAAGUUUUAAUGGGAAAAGCUUUUUGUUUAAUCGCCGGUACUCUUCAUCUGCUGGUCACAAACAAAUUCAUAUCUUGCAUGGACAACCACGUUAUCGGCGCCAUUUCCCUUUGGGUGCCAGUGGAACAAUUGGGACUCGAUUGCUUCCUCAAAGUAAAAUUUUAAUAAUUGUUUGUCGAUUUGUGUAUGUAUCUUGGCGUCCCUCGUUAUUACGCAUCUUCCUAUUCAUUACGCUAGAUAAAACUUGUUGCGAAAUUAUUAACUCCUUUAGGUUUUUCGUGAGUGUUGUAGUAGGUAACCUUUAAAACAUUUGUCGCUGAAAUCUUAGUAUACUGAGGAUUUUAUGCAUCUGUAAUUAUGGUCUCGUGAUUUCCGAAUGACUCAUCCUUAGACGAUGUAAAAUGCUCAUAUAACGGUGUCGGUUCACUUAUUGUACUUCGGAGACUAGACAAAUGUUAACGUCUUGCUUAUGCAAGUAGUACUUUAUCCCUGGUUAUCUAAGCUGAUGUGACAAGAACUGCGAUUACACUUAUCAAUGUUUGAAUUGCCUGACUAAUGUUGUCUUAAAUUAUAAGCUUUCGUAAUCACCUUUAACUUAGCUGGAGCUCGCAAGCAACAAGCCCGAAAAAUAAGUCUGAUUUCACUUUUUGUCCUGUAUGCACAGAUAAAAUUCUAGCACCAUCUGAUUUCGGGAUAUGGACAUACCAAUACUUGAUUAGCCUUAUUUCUGAUUUUCAAUUCCGUUAGUUAAGACUUUGUUUAAGUAUCCGAUAGGUGCGCCAAAGUUCAUAUCAUCUGCCAAAGUUUCUUUUGUGGAGCACCUCUAUAGCCAGAUCAUACAGCAAACCAUCACCUGAGUCGACUACGUUUAAUAACAUUCGGCAGUAAUCCCCACUUCCAACUUUGAGUGUCACCAUUGUGUACUCCUAAAAGUGAGAGUUUAUUUUAAAUUUGUAGAUUAUCUCUCACAUGGAGACGCCUUUGUUGAAUUAGAGGCUGCUAAUUACGUUUUUUGGUGCUUGAGAAGUCCACGUUCUUAUAUACUGGGUUUGCAAUACAGAGGUACUUGAUGAAGAUUCCUUUCUAUCCCUCAUGACUAGUUUGUGCCCAUUAAGAUGUGUUACGUACCCCAAACCACCCCUUAUCUUGACAUGCAGUACUGACGGGUGUAAGAGUAAGUUGAAAGGAAACUAUAGGUGGACAAACUAAAACAUUGCAUCAGUCAAUGAGGUUGACUAGUGAUCUGAACCAUGUCGUGUGUUUAUAAUCUCAUUUUUCAGGUAAAUGUUCGUUUGACUUCCUGGAACACUCAUUGUAAGAGCUAGUGUGCUACGUAUAUUUUGUCAGGCUCUACGUCCAAUAUAACGGACAGUCUGGACCACUCAUCAAUCUGACGAUAAAAAGUACCAAAGUCGAGUAUAACCUAGUGAGUUAAGCCCGACGAUCUCUCAAAAUAAUAGUCGGAUAAUAUAUUAACUAGAGUCAGUUAGGUGGAGUUUUAUCCAAAUGGUCUAGCUGAUAGUUCGAAAUUAUGAGAGUUGAAAUGGUCGUGCACUAAGCUAGCAUUUCACAACUUCAGUAUGGUGAACGAGACUACCAAUCCCCUCUCCGCUUCUUCGCUAAGUAGAGUAAAAAUGUGAAUAUCUGUAUCGAAGCCUUGUUGAUCAAGAGUAGUGAAAUUCAAAAUACACCUUAAGUAAACAGUUAUGUAUCGGUUAUAGUGAUUAUCGUUCAGGAACUGGUUAAUUAUCGGUGAACGCCAAUCGGUGAGAAAUCCAUUAAAAGUCCAUAAGUAUAAUUCAUACUAUAUAAAUUAAUGUAACGAGUAUUGAUCCCCCAAGUUGUAUUUAGGGGCUUCACAUCCCCCUAAAAAACAUGGAGAUCUUGUAAUACCCACAUAAGUCAGCCAGACUGAUAUACAUCGUUUCAAAAAUUAGCCUCAAUAAUCAUCCAGCGUUUAAUUAGGACUAACGAAGAGCAAACUCGGUAUAACUAGACUGAUUAUAAACCUAGACGUGGAUGUGUCGACCAGAUAUUCACCAUUCGUCAGGUUUUUUAACGGAGACACUUGGCAACGUCCUGUAAUAAUAGUAUUUCUUGACCUUGAGACAGUAUUUGACUGAUCUCACAUUAGAAUCAUGUUUGAGAUGCGUUCCCCUCAUACAUGCAAAAUUUUACUCCUAAACUGGUCUAUAUCAAUCCCUAAACUAGUGAUUAGUAGUAAAGUAUUUAAGCGCGUUGAUCAAUUUGCUUAUCUUGGGAGUCUCAUCAACGCUUGUGGGUUUCUAUCUAAUGAAAUCAGGGCACAACAAGCUUCUUCAACUUACGUCAUUUGUGGCAUAGUCAAGUAUGCCGCUUAACAAUUAACUCUGUUAAGUAUAACCUAUAGAUAAAGAAGACAUUUGAAAAGCAAGUCUUUGGUCGUAGGUGUCCUCAAAACAUUACUCAUAGUGUAGAAGAACUGCGUGUGCAAUGCUGCGGUAGGACAUAGGGUACAAGGUAAAUAUGAUAAGUCAGUUUAUCAGGCUGUAAGCUUACAUUGGUAAGGGCAGUCGAUGUAUGUUUCAGUCCUAUCCAGACGUGGAUUGAGCGGAUUAGAAGAUUGGCGGUUAGUGAAACAGAACAUGGCACCAACCCUUAGGGUCACUGACUAUCUAUCAGAAGUCCAGACUUCCUAAAUAGAGUCGAUAUAAUCGUAUUUUUUAGUUGGGAACUAUAUAUAUGGGGUGCACAUCCCAUCUAAAUGCAAAGGACUUCUGAAAUAAUGUCGAAAGCAUGCGCAGGCACUAUGUGGUUAGCUAUUAAAGGUAGUCGAGAAGUUUGCCUAUGUGGGCAGUUGUAUAAGAGUGCUGGUGGUGACAUGACAGUUGAGGCAAAUCCGCCACCAACCAAUGUCAUCCUAGAAACUUCCAUAUCGCGCAUUACUUACCAACUUUGAAGAUGGGUUCUAAAGGUGGUCAAUUUACGAUGUAGUACCAUGUAUAAAAAACUACAUAGGACUGGCAUCUGUUGUUCAACCAUGACUGCGUAGCUGGUCCAACUCAGUGGCUUAAUAUGUUGUCAAACGUGAUACAGUACAGAAGCCAUUGAUGGUCCGACCCUAGUUUCUUCUUACAUCAUUCAUAAGAGGAACCACUUUAACUGAAAGUCACGGUUGUUUUGUUAACUGAAUCGUCUCCUAUUAUACACCAUUUUUAUUCCCUAUCUUUCCUCUUUUUCACAAUGUUACUCCUGUAUUUGUGUCACCCAUUUUAUUUUUGGUGCUCACUUGUGCCAGGAUUUUGUGUACAAAUGAAUAAACUCACUCUUAAAUGUCGAGUUUUAUUGCUAUUUACUUUAAAUCCUUCCAUUUCAUUCAUCCUUUUGGAUCAACAUUCUGUUCGUUUAGUCACACUGCCAUUAAUGUUGCAUUUGUUUUGGUUUCUUUGAUUUGAAACUUAAUAAUUCUAUGUGUGUGCUAUUGUGGAGUUUAGCAUUAUAAACUAGCGCGCUUUAACACUAUUUCCAUGGACUACGGCUAAGUAAAUAUUUGUGCUGUUCAGACCGAAUCGCAAUGGAAUUAAAGUAGUUCAGUAUUCUUGACUCUGUAUUUCAUUCUCAUAUAUCCGUUCUAGGAAUAUUCAUAUAUAUAUAUAUAUAUAUAUAUAUAUUGGCGGCCCGUCCCUACCUUUUAUUUUUCAGCUUAUCGUUUCGGUGGUUCACAGUCAUUCCAAGGACAUUCUCGUGUAACUUUCAAGCGUUUACCACAAUCGAUUAUCCGACCUAGUAUGGAUGAAUCUGAGACAUUGUUUGUCGCAAGUCCUCGAUUUAAUGUUGCCAAUGUCAUUAAAAAUGAUACGUUUGCACCUAGUGGAUCAGUUUUGACAGUUCUCAGUCCAAAUGCAAAACAUCAAACAGUGGCAUGUCAGAACAACCAACUACCCACUAUAGCCCCUGCUCCAGGAUGUUUGGAAUCCUCUGGAUCUAAUGACAUUAAUCCACCUGUUGUGUACGGAUCCUCGAACUCUAGCAAUAUGCUUCGUACGGUGCCGUGCCCACAUAAAGGUUGUGGAAAGCUUUUUCGUGACAAUUCUGCUAUGCGCAAGCAUUUGCAUACACACGGUCCACGGGUACAUGUUUGUGCUGAGUGCGGAAAAGCAUUUGUUGAAUCUAGCAAAUUAAAAAGACAUCAACUAGUUCAUACUGGUGAAAAGCCUUUCCAAUGCAACUUUGAGGUGAGUUUUGGUAUCAUAAAGGUAGUUUUUGGAUUCUCUCAAGGCAAUAUUUAUUUGAAACAAGCUAUACUUAGAACAAUAAGCCAUCACACAACUAAAUAACUAUUGGAAAUAAAUAGAAAACAGAAAGCUGUGGCAAAAAAAACAUUUCAGUGUUCUUAUUAAACGGGUUACAAAACCUCAGUAAUGUUCCCAACAAGAGCGGGAAGUUCUUCAGAAAUAAUGAUCAACCUCGGAGUUGUUAGAUCCGUUCACCUUUUUAGACUCAAAGUUUCACAUUGUCCAAAGCAAAAUUCACACCAAAGUGUUGUAUACCCGAUAGACUAAAAUCGAGGUAGUACUAAACACGUUCCAACAGAUCACCAUAGAGUGAGUGCAAAGAAAACCGUCAAUCCUAUGAGAGUACUUCACACCUCAAUGUUACGAAAAUCGUGUUAUACCUACGAGCUUUAAUCGCCAUCCGGUUACUGAAUUAAAUAAAUGUGCCGUGAUAUCACUUUUCACCAAAGCGUAACUUAUUCGGCAAAUAUUGGUAUAUUAUUGUUUCUCGACUGUCGUGACUCAUAUUUGUCAGUUGUCAUUUAUACUGCGGUCUACCUGCUUCUGUCCGACUAAAUAAUUCAUGAGAAAGUAUAUCACCGACACUCAUUGACAACUAGACUCAACCAUGCUAUUGGAUACAGAUUACCUGAUUGGGGUCCGCGUUUUUAUCAUAACUGGUGGUUACAGACUUUUAAUGACGUGGUUGGAAAUCAUUUGCAGUGGCUCAGGUGCAUCUAUUCUUUGCCUUUACCCAAAUCCUGAGAUUCUAAAUUCAUCAUCACUUUUUUGUUUCACUAAUCUAUGUUUUUUUUUCGAGUGGUAUCUUCGAUACCUAUUCUUCUCUAUUGCCACUACCUCUGCCAUUCUGGAGUCUAGCCUGAUAACGUGAUCUCUCUGUUCUAAUAGGGUAUGGCAAUUUGAACCGACGAAUAUACGUCCAAGUCCUAAGUUGUGACUAACUGUUGUUUCACUUAUAACUAUCGACAAACGAACAUCAACAAAAUAAACCUUUAGUUGAAUGUCUCAUACUUUUACACUAAGUGAAAAGAGCAUUGUCUCUACGACAUCGGUCAAGGUGAGACUAUGAUAAACAAGACUAAAGGUAAAUUGUCCGUAUUUUUUACUCAAGUUACCUUCUAAAAAUUUUUUAUGAUAAUCGCAUAAAAUUUUGUGUUCGUGAUAAAAUUACCUUUAUCUCCUUAUUUUGGUUGUAAAUUGAAAUUUUCAGGGUUGUGGCAAGCGUUUUUCAUUGGAUUUCAAUUUACGUACACAUGUACGUAUACAUACUGGUGAUCGUCCUUACAUAUGCCCCUUUGAGAACUGUCAUAAACGCUUUGCUCAAUCAACAAAUUUAAAGUCUCAUAUUAUGACACAUGCCAAGGUCAGAUACCGAGGUCCUCGUAGCUCUUCAACAACUUCACAAACGCCCGGCUACUUCUCUGAACUUGAUGAACUGCCAAUUUCUCAGCAGGCUUCGGUUGCCGAUAAUGUUAAUGAUUCGAAUAAACCCUAUCCUACUCCAGAUAAUGACGGAGAAAAUAAUGUACAAGUUAAAAGUACAUCUCCUUUUAUGGUAACCUCAUCUAAUUCUUCCAACUCAAAACCAACUU